AGUGUGGAGCCGAUAGGCUAGUGUACAUUUUUCAGUUACUAGUCAGUCCAUUCCAGUGAGUGGCGCUAGUGUUCCAUGAGAUGACUAUCAAAUAACAAAGGAGAAGAAGAAGUCUUCCUCUACUGUUGUGUUGUCCCUGUGUUGCCAAACCUUCCUCCGAUGAACAGAGAGGUUUUGUGGUUAUAACCUUUUCAAUAAAACCACCAUUAAGAUGGAAGAAAAGAAUGCAUCAAUGACUCUUCCAACGGAUUAUCUCCAAUAUUGGUAUCAAACCAGCCAGCCAUAUUUCCAUGCACCGGAAGCAACUGAAUAUCAUCACACGAAUAAUGUCUAUUAUAACAUGGACAAUGGUAGAGAAGAACGAGAUAUGACAGAACUCACUGUCCAUCGGGAACCUGCUGAACACCAUGUUUUUCCUGCGCAACGACCUGUCUCACCACCACAGAACAAUGCAAUCGUACCCCCUGCUAAGAAGAGAGGUAGACCUCCAAAACUCAGAACUGAGGACGGUAAACCAGUUGCUGAAAAUGACAACACUGCCAAGAAGGCAAAAAGGACUCUUGAUCGAUUCAAUGGUAUGUCAGUUGAAGAAGUGAUGACAAAAACCCUGCCCGAUAUCAUCGCCCACAAUCUUGACAUAUUGAUAGUUGGAAUUAAUCCAGGACUUCUAUCAGCCUACAAAGGACAUCAUUAUCCAAAUCCAGGAAAUCAUUUCUGGAAGUGUCUUUUCCUGGCUGGCCUAAGUGAUGAACAGCUCAAUUACAUGCAUGAUCAUACUCUGCCAGAGAAGUAUGGAAUUGGCUUUACCAACAUGGUGGAGAGAACCACACCUGGAAGCAAAGAUCUCUCAAGUAAAGAGAUUCGUGAAGGUAGCAGACAGCUGGUAGAAAAGCUCAAGACAUACAAACCGAGCAUUGCCGCCUUUAAUGGGAAAGGUAUUUAUGAAAUUUUCUGCAAAGAAAUCUUUGGAAUAACGCCAAAGAAUCUUGAAUUUGGCCUGCAGCCAUACAAGGUCCCGGACACAGAUACAGUGUGCUAUUUGAUGCCGUCAUCAAGCCCCCGCUGUGCCCAGUUUCCCCGUGCUCAGGACAAAGUACAUUUCUACAUUAAGCUCAAGGAGCUGCGGGAUGAGAUUAAGGGUGUUGUUCCAAAUAAAGAAAUUGAAGAGACUGAGUACUCUUUUGACCUAUCAUUGGCUAAAGAGGAUGCUAAAAGGAUAGCCAUCAAAGAAGAGACCCCAGAUCCGGGGUACGAGGCUGCCUGUGGGCCCUGGCCAGGGACAGACCAAGGGACCAGCAACUACUCUUCACAAGGUAUGGGUGCACUUUAUCAUGGCAACCAAGACGGUGACCCCUUGCAGUUUGGCACAUCUACGGCUUACACAGCCUUCAACGGAGCACAUACAAGCCAGUAGAUGAUUGCACAGCAGUAAGACAUGAAUCAGCCUGAAACAAGUCUGUAGCAAACCAUAUAGACUGUUUUUCAGUUUUCACCACCCUCAUAAUGCAUGUGGUUACCUUGGAGGGGGCAAACAGAAUGCCAGUACACGCCUGACUUUAUAGGAUUCCUCCCUUUGGAGCUGUUAACUUUAAAAUAUGAUUUUGUAACUCUGACGGAUGCCAUUUGUAAUAUGUAAGACUUUUGUAUCUAUUUAAGGAAUGAAAGUGUUUUAUUUGUACUUUGACAUUGAUGUAAAGUGGAACAGUACCUGUAUUUUUUACUUGAAUGUGGUGUAAGUGGGAAAGUUUUGAUGUCUGACAAAAUCCAUCAAUGAAAGUGGACCGUCACUGUUCAAACCUCAUUUAUACUGUGAUUAAAUAUCCAAAUGUGUUUGGAUAACAACCACCAUAAGUACAAGGCUGAAUUAUAUCUUGUCUGACAUGACAUCAAACCACGUUGGUAGUCAUGUUGAUUGACUGUCGUUACAUGUUUACAAAGGAUCGACGAGUUACAUCCACGUAACUCUCCUUCCUUCCAAUUGUACUGUUACUUUCUUAAAUUAUUAUUUACCUCAGGGGAACAGCUCUAUGGUAGCCUAGUGUUUCUAUCAUGCGGUUUCUCACGGUCUUUCACCUAUGUUUCUUGCCGAUACCUCAGAACCAGACUAGUACAAUAGCCAACCGCUGUUGCCAUUCACUUUUAUUGUCUGAUUAAAAUAAACUGUAUACAAGUCA